AUGCUGUCCAACUCCCAAGGCCAGACCCCACCAGUGCUGUUCCCCAACCCGCCGCCGCAGCCCCCCGCCCCUGCUCAGUUUUCCCAGUUCCACGUCAAGUCGAGCCUGCAGAUCAAGAACGCCAUCACCGAUGACUACAAGGUCCUGGGGCUGGACAUCAACAGGAAAGUUUUGCGGAUUUUCAACAAGAGGACCCAGGAGAAAUUAGCCCUAAAAAUGCUUCAGGACUGCCCCAAGGCCCGCAGGGAGGUGGAGUUGCACUGUCCGGCCUCCCAGUGCCCACACAUUGUCCACAUCCUGGACGUCUACGAGAAUCUGUAUGCGGGGAGGAAGUGCCUGCUGAUUGUCAUGGAGUGUUUGGAUGGUGGAGAACCCUUUAGCCGAAUCAAAGACCGAGGAGAUCAAGCAUUCACAGAAAGAGAAGCAUCAGAAAUCAUUAAGAGCAUUGGUAAGGGCAUCCAGUAUUUGCACUCAAUCAACAUUGCUCAUCGGGAUGUCAAGCCUGAGAAUCUUUUAUACACUUCUAAAAGGCCCAGCCCCAUUCUGAAACUCACUGAUUCUGGCUUUGCCAAGGAAACCACCAGCCACAAUCUGACCACUCCUUGUUACACACCGUACUACAUGCCUCCGGAAGUGCUGGGCCCAGAGAAGUAUGACAAGUCCUGGGACCUGUGGUCUCUGGGUGUCAUCACGUACAUCUUGCUAUGUGGGUAUCCCUCCUUCUACUCCAACCAUGGCCUCACCAUCUCUCCGGGCAUGAAGAGUCGCAUCCAAAUGGGCCAGUAUGAAUUCCCCAACCCGGAAUGGUCAGAAGUAUCAGAGGAAGUGAAGAUGCUCACUCGGAACGUGCUGAAAACAGACCCCGCUCAGAGAAUGACCAUCACAGAGUUUAUGAACCACCCCUGGAUCAUGCAAUCAGCGAAUGUCCCCCAAACCCCAGUGCACACCAGCCGGGCCCUAAAGGAGGACAGGGAGCGGUGGGAGGAUGUCAAGGAGGAGAUGACCAGUGCCUUGGCCACCAUGCGUGUUGACUACAAGCAAAUCAAGAUAAAAAAGAUUGAAGAUGCAUCCAACCCUCUGCUUCUGAAGAGGUGGAAGAAAGCUCAGGCCCGAGAGGCUGCAGCCCUUGCUCACUGA